GAUAAGCAGAGCGUUUCCUCUAUCACGUCACAAAAAAUGCUGGAACAAAAAUAACGUGUUUCGUCCGAUUUCUACGCUAAUUUUAAUUCAGGAAUAUUGUUAAUAAAAAAUGACCUUAGGGUCAGUACUCAUCAUCGCCAUGUUCAUUACUUCAUCAGAAGGGGGAAGAUGGGAAGACGACCCACUUGUUUUCAUAGCGAAUCCAAUCGAAUCCCAAAUGCCGAGCCACUGGGUCCCUAUGAGCCUCGUCAAGCUCAUCCUUACAGGCACAACCACAGAAAGGGUUAAAAUAAAAAUGCUGAAAAAGAAACUUCCACUACCAUCCACUACUACCACUACAACUACUACAACAACCACCACUCCAGCACCGGCGCCAACAACCACCAAAGCGGUACCACCACCGCCUGAUCCUCCAGCACCUCCCCCGACAGAACCAUCUACAGAACCACCUACAGAACCACCAACAGAACCACCAACAGAACCACCAACAGAGCCACCAACAGAACCACCGACGGAACCAUCAACAGAACCUCCACCUCCACCUCCACCUCCACCAGAACCGGAACCGGAACCGGAACCUGAACCAGAACCUGAGCCAGAACCAGAACCGGAACCGGACCCUACAACGAAGAAGAAAAGGAAACCUAAAGACAGCCAUGAUAACAUGGCUCGCUCUGGAUCAACUGCUCCUAUUAAAAUAUCAAAAUCAACUUCAUCUUUCUCACCUGAGAAAAAGUAAUCUACGCUUAAGAUUUCUUUAUCAUUUGAACCAUCAACUACAUCUCAGGAUUCGUAAUCAUAAUUUAAAGUAGCCGAAUAACAAAAAUACCGGUUGCAAAACCAAAUAAAAAUAUAAAAAAAGCCCGUGUAAACCACUCCCUACAAUAUCCAUUUCACGCUGUAGGAAAACAAGUGAACUUUAUUAUAUGUAAGAUUUCUUACAACUCUUCACCUGGGGGCCCUUCACGAACUAUAUACACUUUUUAUUAAUUAUCAAUGAUAGAACACAACUUUCAAAGGGCAAUAAGUAGUGAAUACAAAAUGUACGAAAACACGUAGACCUCAUGAAUAGAAUAGAAUAGAAAG